AAGUGGAUCCGAUCCCGUCUGAAGGCCAUAUCCAUUCUCCACAAAGCAAAAUUUAACACUUUUCAAAAAGCCAAGAUCCAGUUUACCCAAUCAUGGAAGCUGAAAGACUGUUCCUGCUUUCUCUUUUAAUGCUCCAAUUCUCAUCUUGUACAUCCCUAGACUCCUUAAAGACGAGCCAAACCAUUAAAGAAGGUGACCUUCUUAUCUCCAAAGGAAAUAAUUUUGCACUAGGAUUUUUCAGUCCAGGUAGUUCAACCAAUAGAUAUCUUGGAAUUUGGUACCAUAAAAUACAAGAACAAACUGUGGUGUGGGUUGCAAACAGGAACGAUCCAAUCAUUGGUUCCUCUGGAUUUCUCUUUAUAGACCAAUAUGGAAACCUCGUUCUCUAUGGUAACGAUGACCAAAAGCUUCCAGUGUGGUCUACAAAUGUUUCGGUGGAAGGAAAUGAUACUUGUGCAGCUCAACUCUUGGAUUCAGGAAAUUUGAUAUUGGUCAGGAAAAGAAGCAGAAAAACUGCAUGGCAAAGCUUCGAUUAUCCUACGAACAUCCUGCUUCCUGGAAUGAAACUGGGGCUGGAUCGAAAAUUAGGAAUUGAUCGGUUCCUAACAUCAUGGAGAUCAGCUGAAGACCCUGGGAUUGGAGACUUUUCAGUUAGGAUCAACCCAAAUGGUUCGCCACAAUUUUUUUUCUAUAAAGGUACAAAGCCAAUUAGUAGAGCUAACCCUUGGCCAUGGAGAAGUCAGAUGGGCUUCUACAAAUGCUUUUUCGUAAAUGAUCCAGACGAAAUAUACUUUGUCUACACAGUUCCUGAUGAUUCUUAUCUGCUAAUAUUAAUAGUGGAUCAUCCAGGACAUAUAAAGGCUUUAACGUGGCGAGAAAGUGAUGGUCAGUGGAAGAAAUACUGGAAGUCCCCUCAGUUUCAGUGCGACUAUUAUGGGCAGUGUGGUGCUUAUAGUACGUGUGAACUCGCCAAUCUAAAUAGGUUUGUAUGUGCCUGUUUACCUGGGUUCGAGCCCAAGUACCCAAAGGAAUGGUCUGCGAGCGAUGGAUCUGGUGGUUGUGUCAGGAAGCGGCUACAGACGUCUUCGGUGUGCGAUCAUGGAGAAGGGUUUGUGAAGAUAGAGAAUUACUGUCUUCCGGACACUUCUAAUGCAGCUUGGGUGGACAAGAGCAAGAGCCGCGCAGACUGUGAACUGGAAUGCAAGAGGAAUUGUUCAUGCUCUGCAUACUCAAUCAUUGGAAUUCCCGGAAAAGGGGAAGGUUGUUUGACAUGGUACAAGGAAUUAGUAGACAUUAGAUAUGAAAGGACUGAAAGUUAUGAUCUGUAUGUUCGUGUUGAUGCAUAUGAAUUAGCUGAUAAUACAAGGCAGCCAAAUGGUUCUCGUGAAAAACCGAUGCUGGCCCUUAUAGCACCAUCAAUUGCAUUAUUGUGGUUUCUCAUUAGCCUGUUUGCUUAUUUGUGGUUCAAGAAGAGAGCAAAAAAAGGUACUGAACUGCAGGUAAACAGCACUUCUACUGAAUUCGAAUAUUUCAAGCUCAGCACCAUAACGGCGGCCACUAACAAUUUCUCUCCAGCUAACAAACUCGGGCAAGGUGGUUUUGGCUCUGUUUAUAAGGGUCUGCUGGCUAAUGGACUGGAGGUUGCAAUAAAAAGGUUAUCUAGAAGUUCAGGACAAGGAACAGAAGAAUUUAAAAAUGAAGUUAUGGUAAUUGCAAAGCUUCAACACAGGAAUCUAGUGAAACUUCUAGGUUACUGCAAUCAGGAUGGGGAACAAAUGUUAAUCUAUGAAUACUUGCCAAACAAAAGCUUGGACUCGUUUCUUUUCCAUGAAAGCAGAAGAUUGUUAUUGGAUUGGCGAAAACGCUUUGAUAUUAUUGUUGGAAUAGCUCGUGGGAUUUUAUAUCUUCACCAAGACUCCAGGUUGAGAAUCAUUCACAGGGAUUUAAAAUGCAGCAACAUUCUAUUGGAUGCAGAGAUGAACCCAAAAAUAUCAGAUUUUGGAAUGGCAAAAAUAUUUGAAGGCAACCAAACUGAAGAUAGGACAAGGAGAGUUGUAGGAACAUAUGGCUAUAUGUCACCAGAAUAUGCUGUGUUUGGAAACUUUUCUGUAAAAUCAGAUGUUUUCAGUUUUGGGGUCAUGUUGUUAGAGAUUGUGAGUGGCAAGAAGAACAAUAGAUUUUAUCAACAGAAUCCUCCUUUGACCUUGAUUGGAUAUGUGUGGGAAUUAUGGAGAGAAGACAAAGCAUUGGAGAUAGUUGAUUCUUCACUGAACGAGUUGUAUCAUCCGCAUGAAGCCUUGAAAUGCAUACAAAUUGGUCUACUGUGCGUGCAAGAAGAUGCCAAGGACAGACCAUCUAUGUUGGCAGUUGUUUUUAUGUUGAGUAACGAAACAGAGAUUCCUUCUCCAAAACAACCUGCAUUCCUCUUUACAAAAUCUGAUAAAUUCCCUGAUUUAGCCUUAGAAGUAGAAGAUGGACAGUGUUCCGUAAAUGAGAUGACAAUUUCUGAAAUUGCUAGUCGCUGAAGCUGUGCUGUGUGAAAAAUUGCUAAAAUGAAGUUCUAUUAGAUUUGAAAUGAAAAUACUUGUUGCUAAA